UUUGCGUCAACUGUCAAUUUGUGGUUUACAUUUGAGGGUUAUGUUUAUAUUAUUAAUUUCAUGGGUAUAAUUAUUGACUUCAACGCAACCUAAUAAUUAUUAUUAUUUAUUAAUAAUAUGUAAAAUAUUUGUUUAAAAUAUAUACAAACCUCGUGAGCGUGUAAUAUAACGAAUCACGAUGAGUACUGUACAGGAUGCCGGUUCCGAGACGUUUCAACAGUUUCCAUCAAAUAGAAUUAUUGUUAUCCACCCAGGAUCGCUCUAUGUGCGUAUUGGAAGAGCAUCUGAUCUACUACCCGUAAAACAAUUACAUUGCAUUGCUAGAAAACGUCGGCCCAAUGGAAAAAUAUAUCGUGACCCUUUCGUUCCGCCUAGUGUACCUAAAACAAAAGAUCUGAUUGAGGAACUGGAGGAAUGUCGCUUGCAAAUAUCGCACACGCUACAGUCUUGUAUGCAGUCGAAUGGGGCGAGAAGAUACGCCACGCCUCCUCAACAGAUAGCAGCAUUUAAUCGUCGCUCUCUGCCCGAAAUCGUGAAUGACGGUGAACCCUGGCCUCAAGUUGAAUGUGACAUUAUUAUUGGUGAUUUAGUACUCGAUGUAGACCCAGAACUACCAUACAAUAUACACUUUCCCUACAAGAGAGGUGAUUUUAACAUACAUUCUGAAGUAGGUGGUUCAAUUUCAUCAGUACUUAAUGAUCUGUACACUAUAUGGAGUUCUAUUAUAGAGUUCAAGCUUGGUAUACCACUUAUAGAGUUGGUAAAAUACAGAUGUGUACUGCUCAUACCAGAUAUCUACUCAAGGUCUCAUUUAAAAUAUUUAAUGUCUUUAUUAUUAAGAGAUUUAGGGUUUGGAGACUGUUUUUUGGUACAAGAAAGUGUAGGUGCUACCUUUGGAGCUGGUAUAGGAUCAGCCUGCAUUGUUGACAUUGGUGAUCAAAAAACUGCAAUUUCAUGUGUUGAAGAUGGCAUUUCUCACAAAACUACUAGACUAAGAAUGGACUAUGGAGCUGGUGAUGUGUGUCAGGCACUGUCCUGGAUGUUUCACAAGAGUGCUUUCCCAUAUAAAAAUUGGAAUGAAAAUAUACCACGAGAUGUGAUCCUCAUGCGAAAUCUGUAUCAAGACUUCUGUCAUGUAAACUUGGAUGUGUGUGGGCCACAAGAGAAAACCUUUUUGGUAGAUCACCCAGGUGAUGUUGUUAAUAAAUUCACUCUACAAGUUGGUGAUGAGUGCAUUAUAUCACCUCUAGCAUUGUUCUACACAGAUCUACUAAAAAUAACAGGUCCGAAAGCAACCAAGAUUCAAAAUCGACAGCCUAGCGAUCCUGAAGACCCUUUUGAUGCGGAAUUUUUGAGAGAAACAGGGAGGAAAAAAGAAACUGCAGAUGCAUCUGCUAAUGAGAGUCAGCAAAUUGAAGCUACUAACGAGGUACAACCAUCUGCAAAUCCUGAUGAAGACAUUGUUGUAGAUACACUAGAAGGUGGCCCCUCCGAUAUUGUAUCACUUGCUCCGGGACAAGUUUUGAGCUUGGAUGCAGCCAUAUUACAAAGUAUUGAUCGUUGUCCCAAUGAAGAGUUAAAACGCAAAAUGUAUAGCAGUAUUCUGAUAGUCGGUGGAGGAGUUAAAGUACACGGAUUAAAUGUCUGGUUACAGAACAGAUUAGCACUGCAAAUACCAUACGCAUAUAAGACUGAACAGUUAGAAAUUGUAACAUCGCCAAAGGACAUAGAUCCCGCAAGUACAGUAUGGAAGGGAGCUGCAGUUAUGUCUUGUUUGGAGUCUGCUAUAGAGCUGUGGAUCAACCAGAGCGAAUGGAAUAAACAUGGCUUGAAGAUAUUGAGAGAAAGGGCACCAUUUAUUUGGUGACCAUAAUUUUGUUAUUAAGUGUAAUGGUUGUUAAAUCUUGUGUAAGAAGCAAGGACUUUUAAUAGGUAUAUGUUUUAUGGCCGAAUAUAAAAAAAAAUUCCAAGACAUUUUAAAGUGCUUGUAAAAGUCUACUUGAAUAAAGAUAAUUUGAAUUUAAAUUGAAAGAGAUUAUUGGUUGUCUAUUUACAGCCAAUGAACAAUAUAUCAGUGAAGUGUCCAUAAGCUUCAUCAAUUUAGUUUAUAAAUUGUAUGUAAUAAUAAUGUAUUAUAAUGUGAUAAGU